AUGUCGAUCAUCGUAUCUAUCGGCCCACUUCCCUCCCACACCGAGCUGUUCGUUACACUUGCCGAGAUAUAUGGUUUACACAAGCAUGAGAUGGUCGACAUCUACACACCGCCUGGAGAGUGCUUAGUCGCCCGGGUAGUUUUUAAAACACACGAGUUCGCAAAGAAGUGCGCCGACGAUUUCGACAACUAUCGCUUGAUUGUUGGCAAGUUUGAAGGCCAGAAGAUUGGGGUUCAUCUACGUGACGAGCCCGAGGCUGAACUCCUCGAAGGCUUUACGAAUCGCCUAUCCGAUCUCCUUUACGGCCGCAACAACCACGUCCUGUCGCGAACCGUCGAGAUCACGGGGUUUCCUAGAAACCACACUUUGAGCAAUCUACGCCAGCUUCUGGAACCCAUAUGGGAAGACAACGAUCUAAUCGAGGCAGAAAACGUUUCAAUUCUUCUACAAGGUGGCGAACUCGACCCUAAUGACUAUCACUAUAACGAGCCUCUUGGAAUCACUCACGUCAGAUCUCCACGACCAGGAGUUGGACUCGUACAGCUCAAGGAUUCCGGUACGGCACUCCAUAUUGUGCGUCUGUUCGCUGGUACAUACUGGAAGAGGGCUACGUUAAACGCUCGGUUGGGCCCAGAUGAAGAGAUUGAAGACUUGCUCAUUAAAAGGUCAAGCCAGGAAGAUGGGGCGCUCUUCGGGAAGGAUGUGAUGCUCUUCGUUACGGGUAUAGAAGCCGGCACUUCACCGAAAGAAGUUCAAGAGAUCUUUAAGGAAUUUCCCAUCCGUGAUGUCAAUAUGCCGCCAGGCGGCAAAACCUUCUGCUUCGUCUUCUUUAAGCAACCAGAGGCAAACGCAGUUCUUGCGCGAUUUGGGAAUGGCGUUCAGUGGAAGGGUCGCACUAUUCGAGUGAGCAUAUCGGAUAAAGAAAAGAAGAAGAAGAAGAACAAGAACAAGUCCGCCCUUGGUGCGGUCAGCGCGCCGCCUGCUGCACUCCCGCAAGACAUGACAGAUCUAAAGCUGAACAACCUCCCACAUGGUGUUGCGGACUCGAGCAUCCGCAUCAUCUUUGAAGGUUUUACGGUUUCAAAGGUCAUCGUCAAGCAGGGCUACGCCUUCGUUGGUAUUGCGACAAGCGAGGUUGAUCGCGCGAUCGAGGAAUUGAGCGGGAAGAUGGUUGGUGGCCGGAAGAUGUCUGUGAAGGUCUCCCAACGCAAGAAGCAGUGA